GUUGUUUUGUGAUUCCAUAGUUGCCGAUUGGACUUGUACCCAUUCUCGGCCAUCUGUCCCGGUUUUUUGUGUGAAAUUGUGCUAUCGAUUCGGAUGUCUAAAUAGGUUGGUUGACGGUUAUGCCGUCCAAAAACUAUUGCAAACCUCCUCGUCAUCUUUAUCAGUCGUUUCGACGGCGGUCGUGUGAUGUACGAAAUCGUGAGCCCUGCUCGGUGCAACCUCACGAUCGGAAGAAAUGUAGCACGGCGCCAGUAUUAGAGCAGUCUGAGCAACGAGCGUCAGCUGGCGGUGGAGGUCUUCAUCUGAUGCAUGUUGACCUGGAUUCUUUGCCCAUGGCACUCAUCAACACGACAGUGGAUCCUGGAAUAAAUCUGAAGAAUUGCCCAUCUGGGAAAGCAUGUGGAAAGUUCUGUCGAAUCUCGAAGGAAGUCCAUAGCCCGAACAAUCCUGUUGAAGAAAUCACAAGAUCGGAUAUAGUGGAAGGUGGCAAGAAACUUGGCUUGGUCGAUGGAGGAGGGGUUCCUGUUAGGGUUGCUUUGUUGCCGCCCAAUAAGAAAGAAGGGGGUCAUUCCCAGAAAGGUGUUGGCUGUGAAACAAAGAAUUAUCGCUAUCGAAAGAACAGGUCUUCCUCGAAUCACCGGAGUACUUCAUGUUCCCCCCCAAAUCAAGUGUGGGAACGGGUUGAUUCAAAUCAACAUCCCCAUCAAAGGUUUGGAUUAUCGUUUCAUCUGCCACCGCUGGCAUGUUCGUAUCUGCUGCCUACUCCCAUGAAUGCCGUGCCCCUCAACACAUUCCCUCCACCAAGCGUGCGGAUGCAGAUGAAGCAACCUGCCGGUUCGCACACACCUCAUCAUAAUGCACUGCCGCCGCCGCACUAUCAGCAAAUUCCGCCUCACCCGAGUUUCUCGCGCCCGUUCACUUUCCAACGUUCGCUGCACUUCAUGCCUUCCCCAGGAUCUUCCGGGACUUGUGAGCCAAUGGGAGUGAUGCCGCACAACAUGAGAGACUUACGGAUGUUUAGUGUUCCUCCACCACUCACGGGAGCAGCGGGAAUCGGCAAUGUUGGUGCAUCAGGUUUGGCGCAGUUCCGCGAGCAGCAGCAGCAGUUGCCAGCAUCGCGUGGAUUUGUCGGCGGCGAUGUUCCCUUGCCCUUUCAGCCACCUGCAAACUUGUUGCAGCAGUACGACAACGCACUGGUGAGUCCGUAUAAUCAUGUGGAGAGCGUGCCAUCAAGAAGCAGUGAAGCAGAGCGGUUCUCGGCUCUCUCCUCCGAAAUCUGGUCAUUGUACGUGAGCUCUCGGGAAUCGCAGCAGCGGACCAAAGAAAAACUGCAAUUGCAGCAGUUUUGGGACAAUGCUUUUUGCGCCCAUUUCCGUGGCCGUUUUCCGCACGGGUGUCGUCUGGUGCUUGUGGGGUCAUCGGUGAACGGGUUUGGAUUGGACACGAGUGACGCGGACAUGUGUCUGAUUGUGUCCGACUCUCCAAUUGACCAGAGGGACUGGGCACCGCUCAUCCUCACAGAAGUCAUGCUGGUGUUGCACAGUAAUCUGGAUCGACCUGUCCGCGGACUGGUGUAUGUGCCUGCCAAGAUCCCGUUGGUCAAGUUCACCGAUGUGCGCACUGGUAUCGAGGUGGACGUCAACUGCAACAACACAGUGGGCCUGCUCAACACUCGACUCUUGCGCGCCUACGCAGACCUGGACUGGCGCGUGCGGCCCCUUGUCGUGCUCGUCAAGCUCUGGGCCCAGCGCAACAGCAUCAACGACGCCCGCUGCAUGACCAUCUCGAGCUACUCGCUGGUGCUCAUGCUCAUUCACUAUCUCCAAUGCGGGGUCUCUCCAGCAGUGUUGCCGUCACUGCAGCGGAAACUUCCGGACCAGUUCCGUGGCUCUGACUGUCAUGUGCACAAACUGGACGUGCACGAGGAGUUGUUGAUGAAGCGAACUGAGAACACGCUGAGUCUGGGUGACUUGUUUGCCGGCUUCCUCGACUACUUUGCCAACCGGUUCCAAUACGACCGUCAUGCCAUCUCUGUCCGGCUCGGCACUCUCUUGUCCGUGGAAGAUAUUCGAGUAGCCUCCCCUGCUGCUGCAGCUGCGACUUUGUCUACCAAUGCAACAGGAGGAGGAGGAGGAUGUGCAGGUGUUACUGCUACUGUUCCUGCUCUUCCUGUACCACUCUCAAGCUCUGUUACACCUGCCCCCGCAUUUGACAAGACGCAGCUCGCACUGUCUUGUCAGUCACAUCAUCAUCAACAACAACAGCCCCCACAGCAGUCGUCGGGAUGCGGAGAUGCGCACGAGUGGAACUUUCUCUGCGUUGAAGAGCCCUUCAUGCUGACCAACACUGCGCGGUCCGUGUAUGACGAGGCGGCAUUUGAACGGAUCCGAUCUGUGUUUCGCAAGAGCUUUGUCACGCUUGUGCGGGACCGGAGUCUGAGCCCGUUGUUGAACGGCUCGCUGGAACCCCAACUGGCUGUGGCUGCGUAUGACGUUCGAGUCCCCAUUCCUGUCUCGCAGUUUGGAUUUUCUGCCACAUUGUCGCGCGUGAAGCCAAUCGGGGUGGGAUCGUCGUCGCCAAGUCUGACCGGGAACGAUGACGCAGAAGAAAAAGAAGAAGAGGAGGAGGUUGGCAACAAGAUGAAGUGCGAGCCUGCUGCAUAUGACAGCUGUCAGCGCGCAAUGGGCACGGCUCGGUGCAUUCCCGCUGCCUGGCACCGGAAGAUACGCCGGCGGAUUUCCGAGCAAGACCACCGCAGAUCUUCCUCUGUCACUCAUUGGAGAUGAUCAAUACGUUUGAUAAUUUGUUCGUUUUCGAGUACAUGGUGAAUGAAUGAAUGGAUGGUUAUGUGUCUGCGUGUUUUUCGUUUGGUUUUUUUUUUUUUUUUUUGGUGCCUUGAUGCGGAGACAGUUUUGAUGGCGGUAGUAGAAGGAGUAGGUGUCAAAACGACCACCAUUUGUCCGCAAGCAGCCCUUAUCGAAGAGGAGAUCGGGCGUUGAAAAAGUGUGUGUGUCAGAGUGGAGAUUUGGAAAGUGGUCUAGUCGCGUUAGACUUUUGGAGAUGAGUUGCGAGGAUAGAGCCAAGCAAUUCAACAGAAGCUGUGAUGAAGAGUGCCUUCGAACUGAGUGCCUUUGCCUGUCUUGAUGAUCAUGAUGAUGAUACUGUGUUCCCACGUUUGUCGUGCGUAUUUUAUAUGGGGAUUUUUUUUCCCUUUCGUCUGGUUACGAGUGCUGCUGUAUGCACUGUGUGAUUGAUUGAUUGGUUGAAUGAUGCUUGAAGCAGUGCCUUGCUUGCUCCAACCCCCUCUCUCUCUCUUUCUCAUGUGAUCAGCCAGUGCUUUCUAUAGUUGCGUGUGUGUGCGUGGAGAAUAAAGGGAAGGAAAUGAACAGUG